UUUAAGGAGAAGGUAACAUGUAGCCCAACUGCUAGCCAAGUAGCUAACGCAAAAGUUAGUGAGGCCUUUUGAUCAACAGACUACAGCACGAUCGGAUAUGUUCCAUCUUGUGGGUAUCCUCGCCCCCCCAAAAAGACAAACCAAACCAAACAAAAACAAGAAGUAUCCAGUCUUUGUCCUGGGCUGUUUCUUUGCUAAACAUCUGCGUGUAUUGCUAGCAUCGCGGCAGUGAGCCAGCUCGCUAGCGAUUAGCGGGUAACAAAGCUAAAGCUUGGCGGAUCCUUCAGUCUUCUUAGAAACACUGAAUUAUCUCCAUGACAGAGGUUGAGGACAUGAGCUGCGAGGAGUCAGACUGCAUAGACAGUCUUCAAAACCCCGGGAAAGGAGAGGUGGAGGAGUCCCUGUUACUGUUGGCCAACGUUGCUCUGGCGCCACCCUGUGGUGACGAGGCGGCCUGCGCCUGUGACCCUGAGGCCUGCAGCUCGGUGGUGGAGGGGAGCCUGCAGUCCAUGCAAAUACAGCUCCAGUUCCUCAUGAGCAAAGCAGAUGACUUACAGGACUGUCUCGUCAGUGGACAGGGGCAUCUAGAGAGAGAGGCUCUUGCUUCUGCAGUACCAGAGUUCAUCUAUACCUGUCAGCCUUUCUUUAACCACCUGGAGUCUAUGGCAAGGUGUACAGUGUCUCAGCUCACCUUGCCAUUUGACAUGUACACACAGCUGUUGGAUCUCUCUCAGCAGCUGUGUGACAGGUUGCAGCAGCUGGUGAUAACCUACGCCAGCUACAGUGUCCUCUGUUUGGACGACACAGAGCCUAACAGUGUCUCUCACUUCUGCAUCGGUCAGUUUCAUCUCGGACAACUGAGGCUGACCACGUUCCUCUACUGUAAGCCGACGCCCUACCUGGCCCGGGUCGACACCGGCAUUUACAAAUGCAUGCGCUGGAACGUGGACAGACUCCGAGACGAGCAGCAGGCGGAUGUAGAACAGGGUGGAGAGAGUGAGACGGAAACAGUCGGCGACACAGAGUUUUACUUCCUGUGCUGCGAAGAUAUUCCCGUCUCAGAGGCUGAUGAGAAAAUCCAAGAUGUCCCUCACUGUAGCGUAGUGAGGCUGUGGUCCAUUGGUCAGUGGGUGCAGUUGAAACCUGACCCCGAAACAGAGGACAUCUAUGACUGGAUCCUGUGUGACAUUCCUCAGGCCAGCUACGAGAGGCUGUUAUUACUGGGCAGCGAUGAACCAUCGAGCUGCAAGGCCACAGACUUCCUCCAGCAGCUGCUGUUGUCACAGCAGACUGAGUGAUGUCAGGCCCUGCAGGAGGAAGUGUUGGCAUGUUCCUGCACACAUGACGUCUGUCUUUUCCUUAUAGUUGGUUGAAACAUUACUAGUUGAGUAUUUUUAAGGUUGAACAUGUGGUUUCUUACUGAUGGAAUCACAAGCCCCUGACUGGCUGAAAGUGUCAUUUUACAGAGUGAUGUGAUGCAUUCAGGACCUGCUGGUUUUCCCACAUUUAAAGCUGAAAAGACUUUAUGCUGUGACUAGAGUUGGUUUCAAAAGGUUUCAUCGGCUCGGUUAGGUUGUCUAAAAAAAAAAAAAAAAAAGUUAUACUAUACACUGUGAUGUUCAGGCUUGCUGCAUGUUAUUUUGACACGUUAUCCUGUUCCGUGUGUUCAUGUUGUGAGUUUUAAAAGAUUUUAUACAAGUUUGUAAAUAUUUGUUUGUGGAGUUUUACAUUUUUAAAGGUAUGUUGUGUUGCAAA